AUGCGCAGUUCAACAUCCUCAUCAUCAUCAUAUUACAAACCCCACGACUUUUACACAUUCAACAGCAUUCGAUCCUCAUCCACACCUUCUUUGCGCCCCAGCUUACGGCGUCGAAAACCCUACAGUGCGCCCCCACACCCCCGGCGCGACUCCUUCGCAAGCAAGCGCUCCUACACCACUCACACCCUCUCCUCCUCUGGUACAUCUACCCGCUCUAAAACGUCCUCCCUCCGCUCCCUCUUCUCCUCCUCCUCCUGCUCCACAACCAGUUCCUCCCGCCGCAAGAAGAUCAUCUCAAAGAUGAAGCAACCCUUCGAGACUUCAAAGGCCCACAAGUGGCGUGGAACAAUGACACUGCAGCGACACAAGAAACCAUCUACGCUGGAUUUUCGGUGCAUUGGCGAGGAGGAGGGCUCCGGCUGGAUGAUGGAGACACUCUCAGAGUUUGCGACCACCCCCGUGGAGAGCGUUUACGGGGAGACGUACGCUGUGAGUUUUGACGAGGCGCCAAAGAUUCGAUGGGAGCAGCCGAGGAUUCAUGAUGAUUGGGAUAAUUGGUUUGCGGGUAUCUGCUAG